AUGGGCCCAGCACAAUGUCCGUACGACGGUUGUACAAAAAUUCUCAGAAAAAAUAAAUUUAAAGAACAAAUCUUUGAAGAUCUCGUGGUUGAAAGAGAAGUUGACGUGCGACAAAGAGUCUCCAAAACUUUUAACAAACGUCAAGAAGAUUUUGAAAAUUUGAGUGAAUAUAAUAACUACCUGGAGGAUGUGGAGAAUAUUAUUUUUAAUCUGGUUAAUAAUAUCGAUGUAGAAAAAACGGAAGAAAAGCUGCAAGCAUACGAGCAACGAAACAAAGAGCAGAUUUUGGCUAAUUCACGAAGGCAAAGAGACGAAGAUGAAAUAUUGGAAAGAAGGUCUAAAUACGAAAAGGAAAGGAAAUUGAAAGCUAUGCAACUUGAAGUCGAAAUGUCACAAUUUGAGGAAGAGAUUAAAAUAGAAGCCCAAAAAGAAUAUCGAGAAGAAAUGGCAAAUUCGGAUUUAGAUCCGAGUACAUUAAAAGCUCAAAUGGAUAAGAAAAUUGCAAGCAAAAUUUUGGAAAAAAGGAAAAUAUUAGAAGCACAAUAUGUGAUGCCACCACCACCAUCGAGCACAUUCCGUGGAUAUAUGAGCUUUGACGGAAAUGGGGCUGAUUCUCAGGGUGGUAGACCUGGAAGCCGUGGAAAUGGAGUUCUGUCACCGUUUACACCCUUCAUGGGAGAUUAUGAAAAAGAGCCCUUGUUUGUUCUCAGAGAGCAGUACUUUGAUCCAGAUAUGGACUCAGUGAAAUCGAAUCCCAAAUGUAUUGGCUCAGGAUACGUCGUGGCAGAAGCAUAUAAAAUGGACCUAUCGCGUGCUUUUUUUGGGAUCGGUUGUUAUGUUGUCAAAGAAAAAAUCAAUAGUGUGAAAAUAGAGGGGAUAUCUUAA